UGUCGCCAAUCCAAAUUUUUUUGUAAACAUUGACGAAUUUCUGACCCAAAAGUUCAAGAUUUUUUCGUAUUUUUAUCAAUUUAAUCAAAUUUCAACUCUUUUCAAACAAAAAUCCACCAAAUUUCUUAUCAAUUUCCCUCGAAAUCAUGGAGGAUCAAAUGUCAGUGCCAACGAACGAUGUAAAUUUAGUGGAACGAAACCCGAAUCUGAGCAUUGUGAAUCUCAAACGAAGUGGCAAGAGCGCUCCCGGAGAUUUAGUUGAGCUGGCACGUCAAAUCCAGACUGCUGAUGUGCGAAUCAGAGACGCUGCAUGCUCAAAAUUGACAGUCAUCAUGGAACAAGUGCAGUUUUUGCAGCAACAGGCACAGAAAAUACUCGAGGAGGCAGCUCAAAGUAGGGAUUUGCAUCACGGAGCGGCGUGUAACUUCAAAAAAGUACCCGGAAAAAUUUAUCAUUUGUACGAAAGGGAGUCGGGACAACGUUAUUUCAGCAUGUUAUCACCGCAGGAAUGGGGAAAUGGGUUAAAAGAUGCCUAUUUGAACAGUUAUCGACUGGAAAGUGACAUGAGUUGGACUCCCGUGGAUAAAAUUCAGGAACAGGAGACCACAAAACGAUGGGCGAAUGAACUUUUAGCAAAUAGUCCGAAGAGAUUUAAUAUUUUAGCGUAUAAAAAUGACGAAGAAUCGCGAAUGGAUGAAUAAAAAUCAGUUUUUAGGGCAAUUCAAUGUUUACUGCU